AUGGGUCGAGGCCUCCAGCCCGCUCCUCCAGCUCAGCCCUUCCCCUCGACCAGCCCGAAGAUUCUGGCGGGGUUCGACGCGUCUCAGGGUCACGAGAAGCGCAGCGCUGAUGGCGAUCACCAUGGCAAAGGGGAGGAUGGGCAGGAAUACCUGCCCCACCCCCUCCCCUCACCCCAACCUAAGCUGGCCCUGGGCCAGGCACCCUUCCUCCAGUGGCGGCCCCUCCACAGCCAAGUACCUUGGAAUCGGUGCCAGACCCACACGAGGCUCACGGUCAGCCCCAGGUGGAAGGACCAGAUCCAGGCCACGAGCCCACACUGGGAGCAGGAGAGAGGGGAGCCCAACUUCAGAGACCCAGGUGCAGGGGAGCACAGCAGGUCCACCCCACAGGGUCGGGGGCUGCACCGGAAACAGGCUGGGGGAACGCCCAGCUGUGCCUUCCGAGUCAAGCAUGCCGACCUUCCUGGCCUCUCGGCCCGCUCUUCACCUCGGACCCUCCAUACGCCUGCCCAGUUCAAGCGCUCGCACCCGCUGGGGAUGGCCCGGCCCCUGCCGCCAAAUGCCCAAGGAGUGGAGGGGCUGUCUGCGAAUGACACCCUAACCGUCGGCACCCCCUUAGCAGAGACCGGAGAAGCAAGGCGGAGGGAGGAAAGAGCGUCCCGGGCGUGUCUGGAGGCCUCCUGGCGCCCACCAGCCGGCAUAUGCGCCGCCGAGAUGGACCGUCACGUUGCCCAGCGAUACCUGCUCGGGCUGCGGUUCGGAAAGGGGAUGAGCUCGGAGGCCUACAGCAUCGUGUGGAAGGCGGUGGAUCAGAGGACUGGCGAGGUCGUGGCCAUCAAGAAAAUCUUUGAUGCCUUCAAGGACAAGACGGAUGCCCAAAGGACGUUCCGGGAAAUCAUGCCUCUCCGAGAGUUUGGGGACCGUCCCAACAUCAUCCGCCUCCCGGGUGUGAUCCGGGCAGAGAAUGACAGGGACAUUUACCUGGUGUUUGAGUCUAUGGACACCGACCCGAAUGCCGUCAUCUGCAAGGGCACACUGCUAAAGGACAGCCACAAGCGCUACGUCUUCCACCAGCUCCUGCGGGCCACCAAGUUCAUUCAUUCAGGAUGAGUUAUCCACCAGGACCAGAAGCCAUCCAACGUUCUCCUGGACGCCAGCUGUUUGGUGAAGCUCUGCGACUUUGGCCUCGCCCACUCCCUCAGCGGCCUCCCUGAGGGGCCCGAGGGCCAUGCCCUGACGGAGCACAUGGCCACGCGAUGGUGGGCUCCGGAGGUGUUCCUGUCCUCGAGCUGGUACACCCCCGGGGUGGACAUGUGGAGGCUGGGCCGCAUCCUGGGGGAGAUGCUAGCGGGGCGGCCCCUGUCCCCGGCACGUCCCGCUCACCAGCUGGGGCUGAUCCUGGAGGGCAUCCUAUCACCCUCCGAGGACGACCUCCUGGCUCUCGGCGCUGGCUCCGGCGCCUCGGUUGUGCAGCGCCUGGGGUCCCGGCCGGGCCCGACACUGGACGCCCUCCUGCCGCCCGACACCCGCCCAGAGGUCCUGGACCACCGCGAGUGACCCCUGGUGUUUGCCCCCGACAAGCGGCUCAGCGCGGCCCAGGCCCUGCAGCACCCCUACGUGCAGAGGUUCCACUGCCCGGCCCGGGAGUGCACCCUGGAGGCGGACGUGCGGCUCCCGGUGCACGAAGGAGCCCAGCUCUCGGCCACCGAAUAUCGCAGCCGCCUCUAUCAGAUGAUCCUGGAGCGCAGGGGUAACGGCCGCGUCCCGAGGGAGACGGGCCUGGGCGGCGUCCCCACGCCCCCGGCGCCCCCACUCAAACCCAGAGCCGCGGCCAAGCUGCCCUCGGGCUCGCCUGCACGGAAGCCCGGACGCCGGCCUCGAAGUAACCCCGGUCACGGCCCCGCGCACGAUGUCCCCGGCGGAGCCAAGGACCCUCCCAGGCAGAGCUCGGCCCCCCUGCACCAGCCUCCGCCCCCAGGAGGUCUUGGGAGAGGGAAAGGGCCCCGCUGGGCGACGGCAGGGCUCCCCUCGGCAUCCUGCUGGGUGAAGCCCAGCGGGAGGGGGGCGGCGCCCUCCUUGACCUCGCAGGCCGCCGCCCAGGUGGCCGUCCAGGCCUUGAUCCGGAGUGACCGGAACCGGGGCUGUGGUGGCAACGCGGCCGGCGCGUGACCGGUGAGCCCGUUCCUCCCCGGCCUCCCCGGAGGCCGGCCCGGCCGGAGGAUGUUCAGCGCCUCGGCCUCGCAGGAGGCCCAGGGGGCCGCGCGGGCCGUGCUCGGGGGCUGCUCCCAAGCCUACGGGACCGUCUGCCACUCGGCGCCGGGCUGCCUGCCCCUGCUCCCCGGACCCCGCGCCUGAGCCGCCCUAUGGGUCUUCAACCGGCCAUCCCCGGCACCCAGCCCCGCGCCCCUCCCCUAGUCCCUGGAUUGCCCCUCCUCCAGGCCUCCCCCCCGCUCGCCCCCCCCCCCACCCCGCCCCAGACCCCAGCGCUCUCCACCCACCUUUUCCCCAACCCGCCCUCUCCUGGGCACAUUUGAGUUCUGCAGCUUGUCCAGGCCUCUCUGGGGGAGUAGAUGAGGUUCACACUCCAGCCUCAAUCACCUUCUCCAGUAAAGUGUGGUCUGUGUGUCCCAGCCUGCCGACCCAACCUUCCUCCUCGGCUUCCUGCAGCCCACCCCUUUUCGAGGACACAGCCCUUGAGAAGCCUCGUGGGCACCAUAUGCUGUCACCCUGGGCUCCUGUCUGGUCACCUUUGUCCACAGCAGGCCUGCCUGGCGCUUGAGCACAUCAGAUCCCAGCUGGGGCUGCUGCAGGCUGUCCCCAGGGUGGUCCUGGCAGGAGAGGGUCUUGUGUAGUGCAUCUGUUGCCUGGGUGCAAGCUACCAUGUGACCACAUUUGUGGCCUUGAGCCAGAGCGGGAAAAGGGACAAGAUGGGGCAGCGCCCCUGACUGUAGCCAUUGUCAGUCACCCCAGCCCAUGCCCCACCAACACAGUGACUGACACCCAGUUUGUCGCCAGGCUUUGGUUGGGGGAGGGGGAGAACAGCUGGAAAUGUCUUGUGGGGCUCAAGGCUCCCUCCUCUGGUCAUCACCAGGCAAAGGGCCUGGUGUGAGCCCAGGUGGUGUGGGGGCCAAGGAGGUGGGAGGGGCCCAGCGGGCGCUGAGGUGUCUCCUGGUCCCAGGCACGCCUCACACCGCGUCUGACCCUGGGCAGCGGUCAGAACACAGGGAGGCCACUUCCCGGCUGCCUGGCCGGAGGAGCUCACAGCCUAAGGGUUUCGGCCUGUGCGGUGCUGCCAGGAGCAGGAAGCUCUGCCCUACUGUAAAAGACACGGGCUGCUGCGGGGGAAGGGCGAGGCUUGGGCAAGGAGAGCUGCACAGAGGGUGGACCCAGACCUGGCAGCUACAAGAGAGAUUCAAAGGCAGAGAGAACAGGGCUUGGGGGAAGGCCAAGCGUGGGGCCACCACAGUUCUGGCUUGGAGGUGAGCUAUUCACGAGAUGGGGACUGCCCGAGGGGCAGCUGUUUGCACUUCUAGAGCCUGAGGCAUAGCCCCAAGUGAUAAACAGGGGGACAAAUGAGACUAGGGUGAGUGCCACUGCCCACAAAGGGGCAGGGCGCCCGAGAAGUCCAGCCCUGAGUGCAGAGGCAGUGCUGCUGGGACUGGAGGGCCAGGGAGGCCCAAACAACUGGCACCCAGGCCAGGGGAAGCCCCAGGCCGAUGGGAGCUUCGAGACGAGGCUGGGAAGUGUCUGCUGGGCUAGGCAACCAGGGGCUGUGCCGACACAGAGGGCCAGGCGGCGGCGAGGAUGGGCAGCAGGCAGCUAAGUGUGGCAGUGAAGGGAGGCCUGCACAGGAAGGGGCCGAGAGGUGGAAGGGGGCUGUGUUGGUUAGAAGGUGCGGGUAGCGGUAUGGCAGUAGAGAGGGGGAGGGGCCUUUAGUACACGCAACAGGGAUGGGUGGUCGCAUCCAGAGGGAAUCGGAGACGGUCAUAAGGCUAAAGGUUGCAACACAAAGCUGGGUGAUUGUACACAUAUAAUUAUACACACACACACACACACACACAUUUGGGAACAUGCUGGAAUAUUUUGUGCCUUGUUUUAUUAACACCAAAAUGCGCAGCAUCACAUUUGAGGAGAUGUCUUAUUGAGCAUGACGUGGAGGACGCAGGUGGCAGGUGCUGAGGGCCUCUGGCCUCUCCCUGGGCAGAACCUCCCUUUCCUGCGAGGGCCUCCCUCAGCGAUAGGCCCGGCCAGGUCUGCUAAGAACAGCUGUGCACCAGGCCAGGUGAAACCAAACUCCUCAACAAGCACGUGAAGGCCCAGAAAUGCCCCAGCUUGUCCGGUUCCCCAGUGACCUUUCCCAUUCGAACCAAAGUCUCUGCUGUUACCCCUACCUGGGUGGUGGCUUUGGUAAACAGACUGCGAGCCGCCAGGGAGCAGGUGUCCCCCUACCCCACCUCCCCUCCGUUUACCAGCUACUCGGUCAGAAGUGCUGCCUCACUCAGCAGUCUGGUUCCUUACAUCCUUUCCCAGCCAGAGCAAUUGGGGUUCCUUAUACUUGGGAAAAAAAAAGAAAAAAAAGAAAAAGAAAAACAA